AUGAGUUACGAACACGGCCAAGAGAACCUUCCGAUGGACGGGUCGUCCGUCGGAAGACCGAGCACGUCUGCUACGCACGUGGCGCGUACCGACUGCCACCACCUGGCGGAACCAGAGUGGGAGGUGCUCCAACAACUGUCAACAGUCAUUGGGAAGGCGGCCGUAGCGACAAUACUGCGCACGCUAUCGCCGACAGAGCAACAUGAAGUUGCUCUGGGAUUCGUCACGAAAGAGCAACGCGAGGUUGCUUCCGCGGACGCGGUUUCCAGAGAUCUAGUUAUGGUGCAAAGCCGCACGUACGAGUCCUUCAAGGAGGAGCUCAAACUCGCGUUUGAGCCCCCACAGAACGAGUUCCGAUCGAGAGCGGAGUUUCUCGACCUACAACAAGACCCGGUGGACGAGGCGACCAAGGUCGUCACGUUCAUGAAGGGGUUGGAAGAGGGGCCUAUGAAGACCUAUCUCUUCCGAGAGUACCUGAGCCUGAAACAGGCUAAACUGCACACGAACGUGCCACGACCGCCUCGACCGGCUGCAAAGACGGAAUGUCCUGAACCAAUGGAUCUUUCGUAUACACCUGCUGUCGGACAGCAGAAGAACAAGGAAAGCAACGUGCGAUGCUUCCAGUGCGGAAACAUGGGUCACUACGCACCCCCCAGUGAGAGAGAAUCUCACUUCGAAGUACUAGAUGACAUGCCAAACUUUGUCAUCUUAAAGGUGAAGUCGAUGACGAAGAGAGUGGACUCUCUUCGGGUGUUGGUGGACUCGGGCGUGUCGAGCAACUUUGUUCGACAGCAAAGUCUACCGUUGUUGGACUUCGAGGAGAAGCAUGUGUCUCGAAUAGAAGAACUUCUCGUCCUGGACUUGGACGACAAGUUCGACAUGGUGGUGGGCAUGAGCGACGUCAACAGGAUUGACGUCGCUCGGACAUACACACCGUCGUCAUCCUUGCUGAACGAGGUGAAGACCGCGUAUGCGCAUGACGCAGACGCGAAGCAGCUGAUCGAGUUCCUCUCAGCUCCUUCCGACAAAGCACGUCGGAAGGUGGCCCCUCGUCUACAAGGAAGUGCUCACCGGUAUCGUGAGCACGGCGGUCUACUGCUUUACAGCGCUGUAGACGACAAUGCGUUCCGCAUUGUCAUGCCGAAUGAUCCUGACCUGCGCAGCAGGAUCAUGUCCGAGUAUCACGAUGUCCCCACGGCUGGACAUCCGGGACGUGAGAAGACGUAUUCUCUUCUCACGAGAGACUUCUACUGGAACCACCGGUACAAGUGGGUGCGCAUGUGCGUACGUACUUGCGAUGUUUGCCAGCGAGUGAUGCCUGCACAUCACUCGCAGGCUCUUCUGCAACCACUGCCGACUCCGUCGGAGUGUUGGGAGUCCGUUUCGAUGGACUACGUGUUUGGUUUUCUGCGCCAUUCCAGGCGGAAGAUUGGUAUCGUGGCCUUUGUGGACCGCUUCAGCAAGAUGGUGCAUCUCGCUGCUGUCGCAGCGGAGGUGACUUCUGUACAGACGGCAUGUCAGUUCGUCGACAUGGUGUUCAAACACCAUGGCAUGCCCAACGACUUUGGGUCGGACCGCGAUCCGCGCUUCAAGGCGCGUUUCUGGCAAGAAGUGUUCACACUUCUUGGAACGCAGCUCUCAAUGUCGACUGCGGAUCAUCCGCAGACGGACGGGCAAACCGAGCGCGUGAAUCGCGUGCUCGUGGACUUGCUGAAAGGCUACGCCCAGUCGUUCCACAACUGGAGCGACUUCUUGCCGGAUGACCGAAAUACAGCCGAUACGGUUCUAGCAGCUGCGAUGACACGUGCGAGAGCGAGAGCCCGCACACGACAAGACGACGUGCCAGUGCCGAGCACUGACACUGUGAAGAACAACGAGCAGGCGACACCUGCUUCGUUCAAGGACAACGUGUCUGAGAAGUUUCAUGCACAGGCCGGGCCUGCUGCGAUCACACACAACGUGUCAGCGCCAGGCACUGACACCACAAAGAUCCACGCACAGUCGGGGACUGAUGCGAACACAAAUGGCGGGUCAGUGCAGGGCACAGACGCGGACAAGACCAAUGAGCUGAACCCAGGGUUCAGCUCUCAAGCAAUGGACUUUGUCCACGAACGACAAGCAGUCGUUCGAUUCGUACAAGAUGUAAUUGCAGCUUCUGCGGAUAGGCAGAAGCUGAACACAGACAAUGUUGGCAGGGGUAAUACAAAUGAAUUCAAAAUUGGUUCAUAG